GCACAGGAUGGGAGGCACCACUGGAUUUGUCCACACAUCUCUGGCUCUCAGCACCUUUCUGGUUUGGUGCCAGGCCCAGAGCAGCACGAGGAGCUAUGGGCCAGUGUUUGAGGAGCAGCCUGCCCACACCCUCUUCCCUGAAGGCUCAGCAGAAGAGAAGGUCACCUUGACUUGCAGAGCACGAGCAAAUCCUCCUGCAACCUACAGGUGGAAGAUGAAUGGCACAGAGCUGAAGAUGGAGCCUGACUCCCGCUACAGGCUGGUUGCAGGUGACCUGGUGAUCAGCAAUCCUGUGAAAGCCAAGGACUCUGGAUCCUACCAGUGUGUGGCAUCGAAUUCCAGAGGGACUGUGGUCAGCAGGGAAGCCUCUCUCCGCUUUGGCUUUUUGCAGGAAUUCUCUGCAGAGGAGAGGGACCCUGUGAAGAUCACCGAGGGCUGGGGGGUGAUGUUUGCCUGCAGCCCUCCCCCUCACUACCCAGGCCUAUCCUACCGCUGGCUCCUGAAUGAGUUCCCCAACUUCAUCCCAGCUGAUGGCAGACGUUUCAUCUCCCAGACCACAGGGAACCUUUACAUAGCCAAGACUGAGGCAUCUGACCUGGGGAACUACUCCUGCUUUGCCACCAGCCACAUCGACUUCAUCACCAAGAGUGUGUUCAGCAAGUUCUCUCGCCUCAGCCUCUCUGCAGAGGAUGCCAGGCAGUAUGCCCCCAGCAUCAAGGCCAGGUUCCCUGCAGAUACCUACGCCCUGACCGGGCAGGUGGUGACCCUGGAGUGCUUUGCCUUUGGAAACCCUGUCCCUCGGAUCAAGUGGAGGAAGCUGGAUGGCUCCCAGGCCUCCAAGUGGAUUGGCAGUGAGCCCCUCCUGCAGAUCCAGGAUGUUGGCUUUGAGGAUGAAGGCACCUAUGAGUGUGAGGCUGAGAACAGCAAAGGGAGAGACACCUACCAGGGACGCAUCAUCAUCCAAGCCCAGCCCGAGUGGCUGCAGGUGAUGACAGACACCGAGGCUGACAUCGGCUCUGACCUGCGCUGGAGCUGUGCUGCUGCUGGCAAACCACGGCCCAGCGUGCAAUGGCUCCGGGAUGGACAGCCCCUCACCUCCCAGAACCGCAUCGAAGUGAGCGGUGGAGAGCUGAGAUUUUCCAAGCUAGUCCUGGAGGACUCUGGCAUGUAUCAGUGUGUGGCUGAGAACAAGCAUGGCACAGUAUAUGCAAGUGCUGAAUUAACAGUGCAAGCCUUAGCACCAGAUUUUAGACUAAACCCAGUGAAGAGACUGAUCCCUGCAGCACGGAGUGGGAAGGUCAUCAUCCCAUGCCAGCCUCGAGCAGCACCAAAAGCCACUGUGCUCUGGACCAAAGGGACUGAACUUCUGAUCAACAGCAGCAGGGUGACAAUCACUGCAGAUGGGACCUUGAUCAUCCAGAACAUCAGCAAAUCUGAUGAGGGAAAAUACACCUGCUUUGCUGAGAACUUCAUGGGCAAAGCCAACAGCACUGGGAUCCUCUCUGUGCGAGAUGCCACCAAGAUCACACUGGCACCAUCCAGUGCUGACAUCAACGUGGGUGAAAACCUCACUCUGCAGUGCCACGCGUCCCACGACCCAACCAUGGACCUCACCUUCACCUGGUCACUGGAUGACUUCCCCAUUGACUUUGACAAGUCUGAGGGUCACUACCGCCGAGCCAGCGUGAAGGAAGCUAUUGGGGACCUCAGCAUCUUCAACACACAGCUGAGACACUCAGGGAGAUACACCUGCACAGCCCAGACCGUGGUGGACAGUGCUUCAGAGUCAGCCACACUCACUGUCAGAGGACCUCCAGGCCCCCCUGGGGGUGUGGUGGUGAGAGACAUCAGUGACACCAGUGUCCAGCUGAGCUGGAGCCGUGGCUUUGACAACCACAGCCCCAUCGCCAGGUACCUGGUGGAGGCAAGGACCCUCCUGUCCAGCCAGUGGAAGCAGAUGCGCACCAAUCCUGUGAACAUCGAAGGCAAUGCAGAGACAGCCCAAGUGGUGAACCUCAUCCCUUGGAUGGACUAUGAGUUCCGGGUCUUAGCCAGUAACAUCCUUGGAGUUGGGGAGCCAAGUUUGCCCUCCAGUAAAAUCCGCACCAAGGAAGCAGCACCUACUGUGGCACCAUCUGGGCUUGGCGGCGGUGGAGGAGCUCCCAACGAGCUCAUCAUCAACUGGACGCCAACCCUGAGGGACUACCAGAACGGGGAUGGCUUUGGCUACAUCCUGUCCUUCCGGAAGAAAGGCUCCCAGGGCUGGCUCACCGCGCGGGUGCCGCACGCGGAGUCGCUGCACUACGUCUACCGCAACGAGAGCAUCGGCCCCUACACACCCUUCGAGGUCAAGAUCAAGGCCUACAACAGGAAAGGAGAGGGACCAGAGAGCCUCACUGCCAUCGUGUACUCGGCAGAGGAAGAACCCAAAGUGGCUCCUUACAGAGUUGUAGCCAAGUCUGUCCUGUCCUCGGAAAUGGAUGUGUCCUGGGAGCCUGUGGAGCAGCAAGAUGUGACUGGAGUGCUCUUGGGCUAUGAGAUCCGGUACUGGAAGGAUGGAGACAAGGAGGAGGCAGCAGACAGAGUGAGGACAGCAGGGCUGGUCACAGCAGCUCAUGUGACAGGUCUGAACCCCAACACCAAGUACCACGUGUCAGUCCGAGCCUACAACAGAGCUGGGACAGGUCCCCCCAGUGCCUCCACCAACCUCACCACCACCAAGCCACCACCACAAAAGCCACCUGGGAACAUCUCCUGGACAUUCUCUGGCUCCACAGUGAGCAUCAAGUGGGACCCAGUGGUGGCAAAGGCAGAUGAGUCUGCAGUUACAGGGUACAAGGUAAGGGUUGUGGUUGGAUACAGGCAGGAUUCCCACUCUGCUCCCACGCUCUACCUGGCCAGCAAGAGCAGGAUUGACAUCCCCAUCCCCGAGGACUUCACUCAUGCCUUCGUGCAGAUCCGGGUGACAGGGCCAGGGGGGGAUGGAACCCCAGCAGAAGUUCACAUCCUCAGAAACAGUGGGACAAGUAUGAUGGUGGAAGACUCAGUGACAAGACCAGUGCCACAUGUUGUCAUCAUCACCACCAACUCCCUGGUGCUGGUGGCCCUGCUGAGCUACCUGGAGCUCUGA